AUGACAGUCACCAAUGAGAAGAGGGCCGACUCCUUCCAGGAGCACUUGUCGGGACAGUCCAACAAACCGUUGAGCCGGCCGCCCCAUGCCCUGGAUGUUAGACAAGUCGUUGAGGAGUUGCAAGUCGACAUCACACAAGGACUCGACGACGAAGACGCCGCACGCCGCAUGGCAGAGCUUGGACGGAAUGAACUCCAGCAACAAAAGGGCGUCCAGCCCCUCAAGAUCUUCUUGGAGCAGAUAUUCAACGCCAUGACAUUGGUCCUAUUGCUGGCACUAGGCGCAAGUUUCGGCAUCCAGGCUUGGAUCGAGGGCGGCAUCCUGGGCGGCAUCAUCGUCCUCAACAUCUUUAUCGGCUUCUUCCAGACGUUACAGGCUGAAAAGACCAUCAACUCGCUCAAGAACCUCGGAAAACCGACCUGCAACGUUUUCCGUGGCGGCAAGACGGUGGUCAUCCCGACGGCAGAAGUGGUGCCGGGUGACAUUGUCGACCUGAACACGGGCGACUCGGUGCCCGCCGACAUCCGACUCAUCGAAGCCGUCAACCUGGAAGCCGACGAGGCGUUGCUGACCGGAGAGUCGGCGCCGGUUUCUAAGAUUCCCAACUCGACGUUCGACGAGGACACGGGCCCCGGUGACCGGCUCAACGUUGUCUACAGCUCCACCGUCAUCACCAAGGGCCGCGGCCGCGGCGUCGUGUUUGCCACGGGCAUGUUUACCGAGAUCGGUCUGAUCGCCGGCGCCCUGAACGGCGGAUCCAGGGAGAAGGCCCUUUCGCAUGUGCGGCGCAACGAGGACGGGAGCGCGUCGAUGCUGGCGCACAUUUCCGCGGGUUACAUGGUUGUCCACGCGUGGAUCGGCGAGUUCCUGGGCGUCACUGUUGGCACGCCGCUGCAGAAGAAGCUCUCCCAGCUGUUCCUGUGGUUGUUCCUGUUCGCCAUCAUCUGUGCCAUUGUCGUUCUCGGCGCGAACAAGUUCGACUCGCGGAAGGAUGUCAUUAUCUAUGCCGUCACAACCGCCAUUGGCACUAUCCCCGUCUCCCUUUUGCUCGUUCUGACAGUUACAAUGGCUGCUGGCACCAAGAAGAUGCUCGAUCGGAAUGUCAUUGUCCGCAACCUCUCUAGCCUGGAGGCACUCGGAGGCGUGACUAACAUCUGCUCCGACAAGACCGGCACCAUCACCCAGGGACGUAUGGUUGUCCGUAAAGCCUGGCUUCCAGGCUGCGGCACCUAUUCCGUGGAGACGACGAACGACGUAUACAAUCCGCACGCCGGCGAAGUCCAGUUCACAGCCGGCCAACCGAAAGACAUUAGCACCAAAGCAGAGAAGCAGCACGACAAGACCACUGAGCUCGUCAAUUCCCGCCAAGAAAGCAAAAACAAACCUGCUCUAGAAUGGUACUUGAACGUCGCCUCGCUGGCCAACCUGGCAACCUUGAAGCAGAGCGACGACAGCUCCGCCAACCACGGAGAGUGGAAGGCUCGCGGCGCUCCCACGGAGAUUGCGAUCGAAGUCUUUGCGUCUCGGUUCGGAUGGAAUAGACUGGAGUUGUCACAGGGCCCUGAUGCGACCUGGACAGAGAUCGCCGAGUUCCCCUUCGAUUCUGACGUCAAGAAGAUGUCCGUGGUCUUUAAGCAUGUUGCAUCGAAUGAGAUGCAUGUCUUCACCAAGGGCGCUGUCGAGCGUGUACUGACGUCGUGCACAGCCAUCGCGUGGGACUCGGACAUACGCCCCCUGACCGACGUCGACCAGGCCGACAUCCUUGCCAACAUGGAGAUCCUCGCCGGCCAAGGUCUACGCGUCCUCGCCCUGGCCCAUCGGACGCUCGACGGCACCAUCUCAGAGUCCCAAUUCGCCCAAGACAAGGCCCCGAACCGUAACGACUUCGAACACUCCCUCACGUUCCGCGGCCUCAUCGGCAUCUACGACCCGCCCAGGCCCGAGUCGCGCCCCAGCGUCAACAUGUGCCAGGCCGCCGGAAUCGUCGUUCACAUGCUCACCGGCGACCACCCGCAGACGGCCCGCGCCAUCGCCACCGAGGUGGGCAUCCUGCCGUCGCCCGACAAGUUCCGCCUCCUCCCCGCCGACGUCGCCGGGGCAAUGGUGAUGCCGGCGCUCGACUUCGACUCCUUGACCGACGCCCAGAUCGACGAGCUGCCGCAGCUGCCCCUGGUCGUGGCGCGAUGCGCGCCGAGCACCAAGGUGCGGAUGAUCGAGGCCCUCCACCGCCGCGGUCGCUACGUCGCCAUGACGGGCGACGGCGUCAACGACAGCCCGAGCCUGAAGCGCGCCGACAUUGGCAUCGCCAUGGGAUCCGGGUCCGACGUGGCCAAGGAGUCGUCCGACAUCGUCCUGACGGACGACAAUUUCGCCUCGAUCCUGAACGCCAUCGAGGAAGGCCGCCGCAUCUUCGACAACAUCCAAAAGUUCAUCCUCCACGUGCUGGCGGCCAACAUCGGGUUCGUGAUCGCGCUGCUCACGGGACUGGCUUUCAAGGACGGGAGCAACACCUCCGUCUUCCUGCUGUCCCCGGUCGAGAUUCUUUGGAUGCUUCUCGGGACCGGAGCCUUCUGCGAGACCGGCCUCGGGUUCGAAAAGGCGGUGCCGGAUAUCCUUAACCGCCCGCCUCAGAAUUUGAACUACGGCGUCUUCACCCACGAGUUCCUCUUUGACAUGGUCGUCUACGGCCUCCUCAUGGCCGGCUGCGUCCUCGGCGCCUUCACCCUCGUCAUCUUCGGCUUCAACGACGGCAACCUCGGCCUCGGCUGCAACGAGGGGUACUCGGCCCUCUGCGAGCCCGUCUUCCGCGCCCGCGCCACCAGCUACACGACGAUGACGUGGAUCUUUCUGCUCUUCGCCUGGGAGCUCAUCGACGCCCGGCGCUCGCUGUUCUACAUGCCCCACGGCUUCAAGGCGUGGGCCCUGCACCUGUGGGGCAACCUGUUCCUGUUCCUGUCGGUGACGAUCGUCUUCUUCGUCGUGUUCCCGACGCUGUACAUCCCCGUCCUGGACCACACGGUCUUCAUGCACCACGGCAUCAGCUGGGAGUGGGCCAUUGUGUUUGUCGACGUCUUCAUCUUCAUGGUAGGGGCCGAGGCAUACAAGUGGGCCAAGAGGGUUUACUUUCGAAGGAGGCCACAGAAGCCCGAUGCUGGGUUCGCUGAUUUGGACGAGGGCCAGGUGUAG